GAGAAUGUGCCAUUUUUCUUCCUCCACCUCCUCCCCUUGUCCUCCUGGAUUCCCCAUAAGAUGGGGAAUUCCAGUGGCCUGACACAAGGAAGCUCUUGGUUUUCAGUUCCAAAUCUGACAAUGAUUUAACAGCUAAGAUGGGUCAUGUGCACUCUCUAGGCAUGCUCUUUGUUGGAACUGAUUAGAUUUGAUGAAGCUGAUUACACACGGCAGAUGUGGAAAACAGGCUCAAUGUGACAAAGGCUCUGUUUCCUCAGAUAUUGAGAAGUUCGAAAAGACGGAGAGAGGAAGCAAGGACCAUUGGAAAGGAAGGAGCAUGGAUGUCGAAAGCAAAACAGAAAGACCCUACAAGAUCUUUUUCAAAGAUCUCUUCCUUUUCAAAGAAAAUGAAGUUGCUGCAAAGAAAAAUGAAAGACUCAUGAACCGCAGCAUGAAAAUCUACCAGAAGACAACAUUUUCAUCCCGAAUGAAGAGCCGCUCACACCUCAGCCAGCUGGCUUUCUAUGCUGAAGCAGGUGGCGGCUCCUACGAAAAUCUGGGGCUAGAUCCCACUCUUAUUCUCAGACUGACAGAAGGUGCGGACAGAAGGAGGACUGCCCAUCAGUUUAUUAAUGACCAGAGGGACAGAUUUCUUCUUGAGUAUGCAGUGACAACCAAGAAAAACACAAUUCAAAGGUUUGAAAGGCUCAUAGCCAUGAAAGAAAGGCAACUCAGAAAAGCCGAGAGAAAGCUGCAAGAUGACGCAAUGUCCUUUGAAGAGUUCCUUAGAGAAAAUGAUCAGAGAUCUGUAGAUGCUCUUAAAAUGGCAGCACAAGAAACAUUAAACAAACUUCAAAUGACAACGGAGCUCAAGAAAGCGAGCAUGGAAGUGCAAGCAAUAAAAAGUGAAAUAACAAAAACAGAGUUCCUCCUCAAGGAGUACAUGAGAUAUGGAUUUUUCCUGAUGAAGUUAUCUCCGAAACAUUGGCAAUUGCAGCAAUCACAAAAAAGAGCCCAGGAAUCAAAAAGUACCCCCGUUCUCCCUAGAAUCUUAGGAAGUGUCUCAUCAAGUAAAAGUGAGACCAGCGCUGAGUUGAACAAGAAAGCAACUUCAGGAAAGCUCCGUGGAAGUAAAGAGGAACAAGGACAGAAGAAAUCUGCUUUUGGCAUGGACGUUAUACAGUCAACCAUUUUCAAUCCAGCUGAAGGCAAGAGCUCUGAGGACAGCCUGGAGCGCAUGGUGGAGGAGGAGCUGCUAGAGUUGGAUCUGAUGCCGGAGCUCUACUUCAAGGAGCCAGAGGAGUUACUGAAGGUCCUCACGGAGCUGGAAGAGCAGAAUCUCACCUUGGUCCAAUAUUCCCAAGAUGUGGAUGAGAAUCUCGAAGAUGUCAACAAAAGAGAAAAAGUUAUACAGGAUAAGAUAAACAACAACAUUGAGUUCCUGAUGGAGCACAAGCAGAUGCUUAUGGUGAACUGUGAACGAGAGGAGGAAAAGGCGGCGGAGCUGGAGCUGAGGUCCAGGCUCUUUAGUUUUGGAGAAUUCAAUUCGGAUGCUCAGGAAAAGCUAAUAGAGUCACUCAGUAAAAAGAUUAAUCAAGUCUACAGAGUCUGCAUCGGAGACGCUGAGGUUGGCAGCCUGACCCCCAUUCAAAAGCUGGUCAAAGUAGAGUCUCGCCUGGCGGAGCUGAGCGACCUCAUCGACUCCAUUCCCAAAGAAAGCGUGGAAGCCAUCGAAAGGAUGAAACAAAAGGAGCGUCGGCAGAAGCUGCGUGAAGAGAAGCUGAAAGAAAAGCAAAGACACCAGGAGGAGCGGCUAAGAGCUGCUCUGGAAAGAGCCGUUUCACAGCCCAAGAAGAAGGUGGGAAGACGACUGAUCUACCGCUCGAAACCUCCAUCUGCAGGCAAGCAGGAGCUACUCUUAGUCAGUGACACAAGAACAAAAUCACAGGAGGAAGAGUACUUUUUUGGAGCAUGAAGACACUCUAUUAGCAAAUGUUUUAUGUGGAUGUUGGAUUUCAGUGAUGCAACACUGUCCUAACAAAUUUUGGGAAGGCAGGCCUUUAUCCAGAAGUUUAUAGAAGGAAUGACAACUGUUUCCUUAUGAUAAAACUCUCUGUAACGCAUCAGUACCAUUCCAUGAGAUAAGCAAUAUUAUAUGUUAAGUUAUCCCUAUUGGAUACACACACCCAGUCAAUUUAUUGAUACAAUGACAAAGAGUGACUUACAGUAGAAUGGUCUCCUUCAAAGCAUGAAAAUUUUGUGUUUUCUAAAGCAGUAAGAAAGUUCACGGCUUUGAAUAUAAUUUUUAAAAUGUGUCAUUAAUACAACUGGAUAGGUUUAAAAUGUACAAAUAGACUAUAGUCUCAGAACAAUCACGAGACUGGUUUUAUUUCACACUAAGCUCUGAAAACCUUAUCAGAAAAAUUUAAGUGAACAAAACCUAGAUAUGAAUUUGUAUUAUGCUCUAUCUCCAUAAUUAUGUCAAUUUUCAUGUUUUGACUUAGCUACAAUAUGUAGAUUUAGUCUAUACUGAUAUAGAAAUAACAUAAUUUGUUAAUAUAUAUUAAUACUAAGAAAAUGUUUAACUUUAUGCAUGUUAAAAGUGAUUUGAAAACCUUAAAUGGCACACCUGCUUUUAAAAGGUCUCAGUUAAUAUAAUUAUAAGGGCUAAUUCUAAAGCAUAGAAUCAUGCUUCACAAAAAAAAAAAAAAAAAAAAAAAUUAGAGGUGGGCUUACAAAGAAACUGGCGUAAAUGAAACUGAUGGCUUUUAAAGCAUCAGUUUUAUUACCUGUUUCAAAAUGUGCACUUUGCAUAUGAAUGUCUGCAUAGAAAUAGUUCACAAGUCAAGUUGAAAAAAAAAAUCUUUAUUGUAUAGAAAUACAUAUAUAUAUAAAAAAAAAUCCCCCCAUAGAUGCUAUUCUCUCAUUUCCCCAUCUUCCUCUUCCUCUUCCACACCUCUGAUAUAAAGAACAUUAUUACACCUGUGAAAAGAAAAUGGGGUCCAUUGUUAGGUCCAGAAAGCAUGGACAAUCAAAAAGCAUCACUGCUCCAUUUUCAGACUGGCUAGACACAAACUGUACAGCUGACCAUUCUUCCCAUUAGUGUUGUCCAGAUGUGCUUGAAAGCACAGUGCACACGCUUUCACCACCAUCAUCACAAGCACACCUCUCCAACUUAGAAUGCAGGUGGCUGCUCACACUAGAGAGUGAAUACAACAGAGAUCCUGAGCAGCGGGACUCAAAACUCCAUCUAAGCUUCCCUAACACAGGACACCAAAAUGGGUUACAGCUGAGAGCCAGGAAAUGCAUUAUCAACAGUAGAAAACCCUGAGGUUAAACUGAAAUCUUCUAACAACUUUAGUAAUUUCAAAGGCUUCUGAAGUCUAGUUGUAAAGUUGUUUGCUUUUUUUUUAAGUAAUCCUCAAACUAAAGGGCUAAUGUGUGUCAGCAGGUAUUUGAGGUUAACUAGUAACCUUACACACAAACAAAUGCACUUGUUACCUUAUUAGAACUUCACCCAGAUGUCCAGACAAUGCCCCAUCUAUGUAUUCUUCUGUAUUUGCAAGCUUUAGAUAAGAAGAAAAAAAUUAGUAAACUACACAGGAAGGAAACAGUGCAGCUACCACUCCUGGUGAGCACACAUUAACUGAGACCACUCUCCACCAAUAACUCAAAUUGUAUCCGUUAAGUAGUGAUUAUAAGAUUAGCUUCUAUUACUCUUGUAUCUUUGGAUUUCAUAUAUUCAUUAAUACAUCCAUGGGUAUAGAAACAAUGUAUAAUAAAGCUUGUUUUAAAAUUGU